UGUCAGCUGUGUAGCAUGCCAAUAAUUCUGCAGGUAUUCGAUUUUAGAUUUGUUUUCGAUGUGAUGGCAAAAUUUCACAAAUUUUUUUAAUUAUUUAUUGUUGCUUGACACAGAAGAUAUUGUGAAAUUUUAAUAGUGACUGAGUAAUAAAAGACUUGCAUCACAAUGUCGCGACACAGAAUAGUGCGGGCUAUGGAUUACAACGACGAGUAUGAUGGUUACGACGAUGUCUACGGCACAUCUGUUGAUGACGAUAGUUGCAUAUCGCCAACAGAUGCGCAAUGGCUAUAUGACAGAGCUCGUGGCCAACACAGUAUGUCGGCCUUUAUUAAAAAUAAUAAAGAUAUUGAAGAGGAGGAGGAAACAUUGGAAGAUAGUUUCACUUAUGAGAAAGAUCGACGAGACUCAGAUAAUUUUCAAAUGCCAAUAUUAAAUGAUGUUGACAAAGCGAAGCUUACAUCUUGCAUUGAUGAAGUACGCAACGUUGUUGGAGAUCAAAUAUCGGAACGACGAAUCGUAGAAACUUCAAUUAAUUUCGGUUUUGAUAUAACAAAAAUACUCGACGAUAUUCUAAAUAAUGAAUGUGACAGCAAACCUAAGCGGCAUAAAGCCGUUAGUGGGAGUAGCACGUCAAAAAAUCAAACGCUACAGCCCACUACGUCGUCUGCAACAAAACAAAAAACACCUGAUCGUGAAGUACCUCCCAGCAUAAAUAUACCACCUACAAUCAAAGUCACUGCCCAACCAUUAAGUGAAAGGGACAUACGCCGUGGUUUUGAAGUUAAUUCGCCACAGCAGCAACUGUCACCAGCCGUGUCUGGAAGGAAUACCCCUAUAGAUGAAGAUAUGAAUAAAACGGUAGUAUCCAUUAAGAUAUCUAAAGAACAAGCUCAGCGCGAUGCUCAAAAACUUUACGCUCAGGAAAGAGGAGAACAAAAGGCUCAUUUUCACAUGAUUGUCAUUGGGCAUGUGGAUGCAGGUAAAAGUACAUUAAUGGGCCAUUUACUUGUUGAUACCGGAUAUGUUUCACAAAGAGUAAUGCACAAGCAUGAACAAGAAUCAAAGAAAAUGGGUAAACAAAGUUUUAUGUACGCAUGGGUUUUGGAUGAAACCGGUGAAGAACGAUCAAGAGGAAUUACUAUGGAUGUCGGAUAUUCACGUAUAGAGACCGAGACAAAAGUAGUUACACUAUUGGAUGCUCCUGGUCACAAAGACUUUAUACCAAAUAUGAUUUCUGGUGCUACUCAAGCCGAUGUUGCUCUCUUGGUAGUAGACGCAUCGCGUGGAGAAUUUGAAGCGGGAUUUGAACAAGGUGGACAAACACGAGAGCAUGCAUUACUUGUUCGUUCAUUAGGUGUAAAUCAAUUGGGGGUGGUUAUUAAUAAGUUAGACAUGGUUGACUGGUCAAAAGAACGAUUCGAUGAAAUUGUUGGAAAAUUGAAAAUUUUUCUAAGGCAAGCUGGCUUCAAAGAAUCGGAUGUUACAUUCAUACCCUGUUCGGGUCUUAGUGGUGAAAAUUUAUCAAAACCGGCACAAGCGCCUGCUUUAAAAGCAUGGUACAAAGGACCACAUUUGUUAAGUGUAAUAGAUAAUUUUAAACUACCAGAAAGAUCAAUAGACCGUCCUUUACGUAUGUCUGUGUCCGAUAUCUAUAAGGGCACCGGUUCCGGUUUUUGUAUAUCAGGACGUAUUGAGACGGGUGUACUUAGCGUUAAUGACCGUGUGUUAGUUGGUGCUAGUCGCGAACAAGCUCAAGCCAAAGCAUUACAAAUCGACGAAAUUCCACAAACAAAUGCUUUUGCAGGAGAUCAGGUAUCAGUGACAUUGUCUGGAGUCGAUAUGUCGACAGUGUCUGUAGGAUCCAUUAUUUGCGAUCCACAAAACCCUAUUCCGGUGACAAAUCGUUUCCAGGCUCGUAUACUUGUGUUUAAUGUUACAGUGCCAAUAACUAUUGGUUAUCCUGUGCUGUUCCAUUAUCAGUCACUCAUCGAGCCAGCUGUUCUUAGUAAAUUACAAGCGCAAUUACAUAAAAGCACUGGAGAAACUAUCAAGAAAAAGCCUCGCGUUCUCGGUAAUAACACGUGUGCUUUAGUAGAAAUAGAAACAACAAGGCCCAUAUGCAUAGAACGGUAUGCGGAUUUUAAAGAAUUGGGGCGCUUCAUGUUACGAGUGGGAGGGGUCACCAUUGCGGCAGGUAUGGUCACUAAAAUACGCUAAUCUUAAGGCCUUUAAAAUGUGAAUAAUAUGUAAUAAAUUUAUCUACAAUAUUUUGAGGUGCAAAUCAA